CGUUUGUCCUGCGCCCGCCCGCGCGCCCGCCCGCCCGCCGCCUCCUCUUCCCCCUCCGUGAAGCUUGCGGGCCGAGAGGACCGACCGAGCGGGCGCGGCGCGGCCAUGAGUGAGGCAGAAGUGAACCCCAAAGCUUACCCACUGGCUGAUGCACAGCUCACCAAAACACUACUGGAUCUUGUGCAGCAAUCCUGCAACUAUAAGCAGUUACGUAAGGGAGCCAAUGAAGCCACCAAAACACUGAACAGAGGAAUAGCAGAAUUCAUUGUGAUGGCAGCAGAUGCUGAGCCCUUGGAGAUCAUCCUACAUCUCCCUCUUCUCUGUGAGGACAAGAAUGUGCCCUACGUCUUUGUGCGCUCCAAGCAGGCCCUGGGCCGGGCAUGUGGUGUCUCCCGGCCUGUCAUUGCCUGUUCGAUCACCAUCAAGGAGGGAUCGCAGCUAAAGCCUCAGAUCCAGUCUGUCCAGCAAGCUAUAGAAAGACUGUUGGUCUAAAUGCCCAUGAGUUUAAGUUUAUGUGGAAUAGGACAAGUUGCAGUUGGGGGAAAUAAUAUUUAGCUGUAGUUGAUGAGGUAAUAGUUUUGAUACCAAUGUUUCAUCUUAAAAUAUCUUUUUUGUUUUGUUUAAUAGUGACUUAACUCUGAAAGUGUUUCUGCCUCUCCCUUCCCUUUUUCCUCUUAUUUUUCCACUCCAACAGUCAUUCUCAUUGUAUUACUUCUUGAAAAGUGAUUGUACAGCUGUAUUUCCUGUUUGAUGUUUGUUUAAAAGGAGGAAGAAAAACCCCACCACCACCACCUUUAUCUUCAUGUCUGCCUGCUCAAGGCUAAAACCUACCCAUUAGCUUUCUUUGUGCUACAGUUUUCUGCUAAGUGUUCAGCUAACGAAUGUAGAUUUGCAGCACACCUUGUGUGGGUAGACUGCUGGAGGUGCUGCUUUAAAGUGAUGAAGCAGUGUAGCCCGCGUAUAAGGCAGACGGUGGCUACUGUGUAGCAGUGGAUGGAGCCAAGACCAAGCCAGUACACACAGCACAACCUUUUUUCUUCUUGAAACCAGACAAGGGACUUCCGAAGAGGUGUAUGGGGAGCAGAAACCUCAUGGCAAUGCACGAGUGGAGAUCUCUGAUCUUGCUUUUGUUUUUAAAUACUGAUUUUUUAAGAAAAAUUAAAUUGCUGACAAAGGUGAAUACAGGAAUUGUCAUACUCUGGGAGGCAUUUGCUUUAAGUGAAGUGUUAGUGUUUGCUAAAUUAAACUGAUCAGAGAUUGGCUAAAGGCUACUACAGUGUAGUGUUCAUGCUUCAGUUUUUGUGUGUGUGCGGAGUGCAUCAAUGAGCUGCAAAGUUUGGGUUUCGUAGCUUAUUUAAAUAAGUAAUAAAACACAUGGUAGGAAGUAGCCUGCUGUGGCUCCUAAAUAGCACUGUACACCUGGCCAAUACCUUUGAAAAGGAUCUAAUGUUUUUAGAAAAGCUACUGCAAUAUGGUCAUAUGACUGAAAAUCUGCCCUUCAAGCCAUAGCCAACACAGUAGAAAAUGCCAUUUUUCAGAUGAAACAGCUUACAACACGAGAAUGACAGAUAACCCUAUGUUCCAGAAAAGCAUGAAGCACCACUAGCAUUUUGGAUUAAUGGUAGCUUUAUGAAGUUAGCUUUAGUUGAAUACAUGCUGUAUUUAACUGUCCAGUUACUCUUUCCAGCUAAAGAGCCUAAAAUAUCUGCACUGGAGGUCAUGCCAAACAUCCCUCUUCUGUUGUAGGAAGUCUGGACUUUAUCUGUUGAAGCUUCUACAGAGUCUUCUGUCUCUUCCUACAGGACUACUCAGCUGUACUCUAUGUGGGCCUCCCAACGUUUGCAAAGUAGAAAGCAAAACUAGAGUGGGAAGAAUUGUGUAGUGAACCCCAGUAGGUAUGGUAACAGCAUGGAAAAUAAAUUUCUCCUGUAACGUUUCCACAGACGCACCAACUGCUUACCUAUAGUAAAUAUCUUAAGCAGAUGAAAUCAGUUCAUGAAAGACUGAAGACAACUUACAUUUGUAUUUUAUAUUUUCAUAAAUGUCUGAUACUAGUAAUAUCCUUGCUGAGAUGAACUUAAGUCACUAAAAAGAUUGAGUCGUUUCCUUUCUAUGUAUGUUAGCAGAACUGCUGUUCCCUCUUAAGGAUGCUGAUUGUUGGGCUAGUUGUGUUCAAAACCAGAACCCUGCAAAGGAUUUGCCCCAGCAAUAAUGUGCCAAAAAAGCAUGUGUAAGACAAAGCACAUGAGCAGCAGAAAUAAAGGAUUCUUGAGCAAGAAAAA